AUGGCCACAUCAAAAAUUAAGCAUUUAUUAUCCUUCCGCCUGCCCAAGGAAUUACUUCCCCAACAUUAUGAAUUAAGACUGCAGCCGGAUUUGUUGAAUAAAACAUUUUCGGGGAAUGUUAAAAUAAGACUGCAAAUACUAAAACCGAUCUCGUUUAUACCGGUGCAUUCAAAACUACUUACCGUUGAGACCAAAAAUGUCCAACGGAUAUGUGACAAUUCUGUGGUUACUGUGACACCGUCGCUGACCUACGAUCAUCCGGAAUUUGAAUAUUGGGUAACGGAAUUCGCUGAACCUUUAGAUGAGGGAACGUAUUCCAUUGAAUUGGCAUUUAGUGGUUCUUUAGUGGACCGCAUUGUUGGCUUCUAUCAAAGUUCCUAUUUGGAUAAGGUGCGCAACGUCAAACGAUCAAUAGCUACAUCAAAAUUUGAACCUACAUAUGCUCGACAAGCAUUUCCUUGUUUUGAUGAACCUUCCAUGAAGGCUAGAUUUGCUGUCACUCUAGUAAGACCAACUGGUGAUGGUUACCAUGCCCUUUCCAAUAUGAAUGUGAAGUCCGAAAUUGAUAUUGAACAUAAUUUAACCAUGGUCAAUUUUGAAGAUAGUGUUCCCAUGAGCACCUAUUUAGCAUGUUUUAUUAUAUCGGAUUUUGCCCAUCAAGAGAAAACUGUACGUGGCAUAUUGCCAAAUGCAGCAGAUUUUCAAAUGCGUGUCUUCUCGACAUCGGCCCAAGUUGACAAAGUCAAUUAUGCCUUAAAUGUGGGUGUUGGCAUAACUGAAUAUUAUAUUGAAUAUUUUAAUGUUUCAUAUCCUUUGCCCAAACUUGAUAUGGCUGCUAUACCCGAUUUUGUCUCGGGUGCAAUGGAACAUUGGGGUUUGGUUACAUAUCGUGAAACAGCAUUGUUGUACGAUAAGACAAUUAGUUCGAGUGCUAAUCAGCAGCGUGUGGCCACAGUUGUUGCCCAUGAAUUGGCCCAUAUGUGGUUUGGCAAUUUGGUUACAAUGAAAUGGUGGAAUGAUUUGUGGUUAAAUGAGGGAUUUGCCACACAUAUUCAAUAUAAAGGUGUUAAUCAUGUCCAUCCUAAUUGGGAUAUGUUGGACCAAUUUAUUAUUUCCGAAUUGCACGGUGUCAUGAAACUAGAUAGUACCCUCGCGUCUCAUCCCAUUGUCCUGACUGUUGAAAAUCCUAAUCAAAUAACCGAAUUAUUUGAUAGCAUAACAUAUUCGAAAGGUGCCUCUGUAAUACGAAUGUUGGAGGAUUUGGUUGGUUCUGAGAAAUUCCGACAAGCCACCACCAAUUAUUUGAACAAAUUGAAAUAUUCAAAUGCUGAAACGAAUGAUUUCCUGAGUGAAAUAGAAGCGUUGAAAUUUGAUUUUGGUGUUAAACUUAUUAUGAGAACGUGGACAGAACAAAUGGGUUUACCAGUAGUCGAAGUUAAACGUCAAGGCGAUGUAUUUGUACUACAACAAAAACGUUUCUUUGCUAAUCCAGAGGAUUAUAAUGGUACCUAUGAUGACUCACCAUUCAACUAUCGUUGGUCAAUACCCAUUACCUACUUUACAAAUACCAACACUGAAGUUCAACGUACCAUACUAAACUAUGAUGACCAGGAAGUUACUCUUAACAUUCCCAAUGAAAUUGAAUGGAUUAAAUUGAAUAAAAAUCAAGUGGGAUAUUAUCUUGUCAAUUAUCCCCUUGAUAUAUGGCAAGCACUUAUCAAUACAUUAAUAUUCCGACGUGGUGAUUUUACAAAUGCUGAUCGUGCCCAUUUGAUUAGUGACGCUUUUGCCCUGGCCGAUGCUGGGCAAUUAGAUUACACUAUUCCUUUGGAUUUGAGUAAAUAUUUGAGAAAGGAAUUGGAUUAUGUGCCCUGGAGUGUGGGCGCAUCACGUCUUAAGAACAUAACGAAUUUACUUUAUUCCACUGAUAUCUAUAGUAAAGUUGUUAAAUAUGCACGUUUGCUUUUGAAGAAUGUAUGUGAAUCUGUGACAUGGGAAGUAAGUGCAGAUCAUUUGCAAAAUCUUUUACGUGUCACUGUGCUUAAUUCGGCAUGUAAUUAUGGUGAUUCGAUGGCCUUAGAAGAAGCUGGCAAACGCUUUAAAACUUGGCUGAACAAUCCCUCGCAAAGACCCCAUCCCGAUAUUCGUUCCAUUGUUUAUUACUAUGGCAUGAAGAGUGUGGGAAAUGAGCAGAACUGGAAUCAAGUUUGGGAUAUUUUUGUUAAUGAAACCGACGCCCAGGAAAAAGCUAAACUUAUGGAGGCAUUGGCUGCCAUUAAAGAGCCAUGGAUAUUGCAACGUUUCAUCAACAUGUCCUGGGAUGAAAACAAUGUCCGUGGCCAAGAUUAUUUCACGUGCAUGCAAUAUAUUUCGGAAAAUCCCAUAGGACAACCCUUGGUGUGGGAUUAUGUACGUGAAAAUUGGCCAAGUCUGGUGAAACGAUUCGGCAUCAAUGAACGUUAUUUAGGUCGCAUGAUACCGGCAAUAACAUCACGUUUUACUACCCAAACAAAAUUAGAAGAAAUGGAAGCAUUCUUUAAGAAAUAUCCUGAUGCCGGAGCAGGUACUGCUGCCCGCAAACAAGCUUUGGAAACGGUUAAAAAUAACAUUAAAUGGUUACAAGUGAAUCAAGAGCCAAUACGGAAAUGGUUGGAUUCUCAACCUGAUUUAUAG